AUGGAUGAAGUUGAGAAAAAAAUUGAUGCAACUAUACAGAAUCAAAGCAGUCGACAUCAAAAACAAAUGGCUCAAGUAAAUGAAAAUAUAACAAAAAUGCGAGAGCACUUUCUGCUCAUUCUCACUUCCGCUCUCUUUGUUUCAGUCCUCCGCGAAGAGUUCAAGAUAAUGCCAUCCGACACCAGGGUGGCCGCAGGAGAAACCGCCCUUCUACAAUGCGGAGCACCGAGAGGCCAUCCGGAGCCUAAUUUGGUAUGGAAAAAGGACGGCAAGGAAAUGGACCUGGACGGACGCAGAAUACGCACAGUCGACGGGGGUAAUUUGAUGAUUUCCGACGUCAGACAGCAUGACGAAGGCCGCUAUCAAUGUGUGGCACACAAUUUGGUGGGGUCAAGGGAGACACCACCCGCCACUUUGACGGUGCACGUGAAACCGAUAUUCAAUAAAGAACCCCAAGACGUGGUGGCUCUCUCCGGCCAGAAAGUCGUCUUCGAAUGUUCCGUCGAUGGGGAUCCAACUCCCAAUGUGCUGUGGCGACGAGAGGACGGAAAGAUGCCUAUAGGACGUGCCAAAAUUCUCGACGAUAAAUCAUUGAUGAUAGAAAAUGUCCAAACAAAGGACGAGGGCCUUUACAUCUGUGACGCUGAAAAUUUGGUCGGGUCUAUUUCGGCCAGGUCGUCGCUGGUUGUCAAUUCACCUCCAACAUUUAUCGAACGUCCCCGCGACCAAAAAGUUAGCCUAAAUGGAGUCGUCGAGUUCCACUGUUCUGCCACUGGAAAUCCGCAGCCUUCCGUUUUCUGGAGCAAAGAGGGCUCGCAGAUCUUGAUGUUCUCCGAUAACUCCAACGGCCACAUGCACGUCAACGCCCAUGGAACGCUGAGGAUACAGGGCGUGCAGAGGGAAGAUGCCGGAUUCCUAGUUUGUAAUGCUCUUAGCGUGGCGGGAUCCAGUAGUGUUAGAGCUUUUCUCCAGGUAACUUCAGUUGCUGACCUUCCUCCUCCCAUAAUUCAAAUUGGUCCAGCUAAUCAGACUCUACCGCUGCACAGCAUGGUGACCCUUCAUUGCAAAGCUUCGAGUCCUGAAGGUGAACCCCCAAAAAUCCGCUGGUUGAAGGAUGGAGAGACAUUACAUAGUAGCAACUUACCUGAGAGAUAUACACUGACUGCUGGAGGGACUUUAGAUAUCGAUGAUCUACGUCUGGAAGAUUCCGGCCUCUACACAUGCUCCGCCAUAUCUGAAAGCGGAGAGAGUUCCUGGUCCGCUUCCUUGAACGUCGUAGAAGGUUCAUCUGUACCACUCCAUCGCAGUCCAGACCCAUCGACUUUUCCACAAGCCCCCUCCGCUCCUCAAAUCCUGAACGCCACUGAAUCCAGCAUCAGCCUUUCCUGGGAAAGCGAAGACAGCAAAGACACAGGCCUGGUAGGAUACACAGUUGAAUACUGGAGUCCAGAUCUACAAACUGGUUGGGUGAUAGCUGCGCAUCGAGUUCAAAAUCCGUACAUGGUCGUUCACGAGUUGAAACCCGAUAGUUCCUAUGUUUUCAUCGUCAGAGCAGAGAAUGCUCAUGGUUUAUCUUCUGCCAGUCCGGUUUCAGCUAAUGCAAGGACGUUGGCGAACUCAAGGUCUUUACCAAGUUCAGAACUGGAUACUGCAAGGUCGAUAUUGAGUACAAAGCUUAUCGAUCUGAAGGACACCAGACCUCAAUCAUCUAGCUCAGUCAAGUUGAUUUGGAGUUUUUCGGACAGCGACUACGUUGAAGGGUUCUACAUACGGUUUAGAGAGCUUUCUGGUGGUUCCCAUAACUACAAUAUUCUAACAGUUCUUGACGUUGAGGCCAAGAGUUACGUCGUCACAAAUUUGAAGAAGUUCACGAAGUACGAGUUCUUUUUGUCACCAUUCUACAAAUCUGUGGAGGGACAGCCAUCCAAUUCCAAAAUCGCUCAAACCUUAGAAGAUGUUCCUUCAGCUCCUCCAGACAGCAUAACUGCAGGGGUGUUCAAUGACACUGCUGGUUGGGUGAGAUGGUCACCUCCACCACCCCAACACUGCAACGGCAUUAUCAUUGGGUAUAAAAUUCAAAUCAAAGGAAAUGUGAUCAGAUCCAUGACCAUGAACGCGUCGACAACUUCGAUAUUGAUCAGCAACCUGACGGCAGGUGGCAUGUACAAUGCUAAAGUAGCAGCUUUGACUAUCGCAGGCCAAGGACCUUACUCAAAUCCUGUACCGUUGCUGACUUCUCCAAGAGCUCAGAGCCCUAGGACUCUCGGUCCACUGGUUCCUCUUGUGCGUCAAACCUGGUUCGUUAUUCUAUUGGCAGCUCUUCUGCUUCUUUUAUUGGCUGGAACAGGUGGCUUACUCUAUCUGAAGAGGAGGCAGUCGUUAAGCAAGCAGCUAGGGCAUCUGAAUGUUCCAGUCGUCAACGCAUCCCAGCUCAAUGCUAAAGAAAGCUUAUGGAUAGAUAGAGGAUGGAAAGCCAAUGACUGCGACAAAGACGCCUCUAUACCACUGUCACAGCCUGCCGACUAUGCUGAAGUGGACACCAAGAACCUCUCCACUUUCUAUAACUGCAAAAAAAGCCUAGAAAAUCCCACACCUUAUGCUACUACAAUGAUCCUACCUCCUCCAAACUGGUCGGAGAUUAUUCCUCCUCCACCAGACCAUCCUCCUCCAGACUGUCCGCGAGAGAAUCCUCCUGUGCCUCCACCAAGGGGUGGUGGAAGUAGCUGCGGCAGUGGAGGAUACGGGUGUUACGCCGUCCAUGUUCCUGUUCAAUGUAGCAAAAUUCAGUACCCCAGAACACGUUCUUGCAAUAACUGUGAUGCCCACUGCUCACUAGCUAGUGGCAGUUCGGGACAUAGAUCUAGUAAUCGAGGCGGCCACUGUAGUAACAUGCCACAUAGUUGUGAUACUAAAAUUUGGUUCAACCAACACAAUUGGGAGGAUGGUGAUGCUGACUGUGAGACUGAUCGACACUCCUGUACCAGCAGUCAUGAUACUACUUGCUCUUGUAGUGAAUCGUCGUGUCUGUAUGCCGAGGCUGGUCCUUCCAGUAACCCCCGCUCCAUUGCACACUGCCCACAAAUUAGUAAAAGGGUGAAGUGAGACUUAAUGGACGUUAGUGUUUAUUUUUAAGCCAACAAGCAUAUCCUACGUGUAUGUGGACAAGUGGACUCUUAUUGUAUUAAUGCAUCAAGAAGCCUGGAAACAAUGGAGUGAAUGUUUGAUUUCCUAGUCCUAGUUUUAGUUACCGGUUGGACAACUUUUGUCUUCCUGUUGAUGAUUUUAAAUAUUCUCACAUAGUUCAGAUGGUUCUGAAGUGGACAUUGACUCAGAUUUUUGUUUACUGGCUGACAUUUUGAUGGCAAGGUUGAAUAUGUGUCAGUUGUAGAUGACAUGGUAGAAACUGUAGUACUGUAGGAGGGCAUCUUCUGCCAAAUGUAUAAAUUUCAAGCAAAACAGUAACAUGGAUAGUCUAUAAAAGGCAACUGUACAAUCAACUAAUACGUAAAGUGAAACUCACUCAAGUUUUUUUGAUAAUGUUUAGCUGUGAAUAUUACAUGAUUUACAUGAAUUGAUGAACUGACUCUACUUUGAAACCUGUUCUUACAGGUUACAGUGUUUAUUACUGAAACUUUUUUCUCAAGAAGAUAUAAAUUCAAAUUAUGUAUAUUGUAUAUUGAUAAAAAUAAACUUGAAACUGAGUGGAAGUUUUUCAACUAACUGUAUUCAAAACUGCUCAUAAUUUUUUCACUGUCUAAUGAGAAAUUAAGUGCAUGAUGAAAAAAGAUAUUUUGAGUUUUAUGGUAAAGUGGUCAUUUUUGAACACUUUGAUUACUUUUUUAUACUAUUUUUCUGAAUUUCAUGAAAAAAUACCAAACUGCUGUACUUAUGUUUAUUGGUUCAAAAAACUUAUUUUCUCCAGUUGCAGGUUUUUAAAAUUUAUCAUUUAAUAUAAAAUAUUCAUUGAUUGUCCUGAUAUUGACUGAAUUGACUGAAUCCUACCCUAUUAGCAAUAUUAUUCAUCAGUAAGUUUUUAUAAAUUGUGAUUUAUUGAAGAUUUUAACGUGUAAAUAUAUCUGUAAACUUGUAAAUAUUUUGUUAUACGUAAUGAGUAUUUGUAAGGAUUUUGUAGAAAGUAUAUUAUGUAAAAAUUGAUGUAGAUAUUUAUUAUUUCCGCUCUGUUAUUUAUAUCUGAAUAAAUGGUACUUAUAUGCUGAAA